UCUUUGUUGGUUAUCUUAACUUCAAUUUUUUUUUUGUUGCAGCGGUUCUCGUGACAACUUUGGGUGUUCUCUACGAACAGAAGAUACUGUUUAAAAGAAUGGACGCCAAACCACGAAAGAAACAAAAAGUUAACGGUUUUCUCUUAUUCACCCAUGAGUGGAUUAAAGAUAACCAGUUCGUUGGUUCUUUGGGUAGUGCUACGUCUUUAACUGGACAUCUAUGGCCUAAGCUUGACGUAAAGACUAAAAAGGCCUAUAAUGAUAAAGCGAAGGAACUAAAUAAUAGAAAUAGUAUGUCUUGUACUGGUGUGCCACUAGCAAUGAUCGAAAAAGAGAAAAAAGAAAGCGAAAUGCUUGAGAAGGAAAUGAAUCUUCAGAUUGAGCGGGAAAUAAAGGAAGCGCUUGGAGCUGGCAACUUAUUAUCCAAGAAAUUUUACAUAAUUGCCUUUAAUUAUUUUACCCGCACGUUGCGAGGGGGGUACUAUAUUCCAGCUGAGAUAGCAGCGGUCGAAUUUUCAUUAGAAGACGGAAUUAUAGCAACCUUUCACAAAUGCGUAAACCCUCAAAUCAGUUUACUGGGUGAGCAGUAUGAUGCUCAGAAGCACUCAAACGAAACUCAUCGCCUCCCAGUUCCACCAAAUGCGAUUGGAGAAACUGACAUGAAGUCUUUGUAUAAAAGUAUAUUGGAUUUCGCAAAAGAGGAGAAAACGGGAAUUAGGAGAGCAUUUUAUGCUAAACACGAUGACGUAGAAAAAAUUCAAAGUGCCCUGACCCUGGUAAAAAAUGUUGCUGGAAUCGACGAGAUCAUUGUGAUAUUUCCACUUGAAAAUCUGAUGCAACAAAUGAAAAAUCCUCGUAAUAGUGCUGAUGACUUAAAGAUAAAAAGCGAAAUCUAUAACUUGAUUGAGCGAGUGGAUUAUACUAAUUCAAAUGCGGCAUGCCAAUUUCACCGAAAAAUCGAUAUUGUUGAAGCUUGCGCUAGUUCGAUUGGAUCGACUUUAGCAAUAAUGCUUAUUAAAUAUAUACAGCCCUAUCCACAAGCAAAUACAAGACUUGAUGAGCACAAUAAUGAAAUAGAUCUGUCAGGAGUUGCUAGCUCAAGUCGUCCAGGGGUGUUGAGAGAACGUGAUCAUCAUCAAUUUCGUACAAUUAAAUGUGAAGAUAUGAAAUAUAUACACCCCAGUCAACAAGUCAAUGAUAAUUCGGAAAAAGAUGCAUCUGCGGUUAGUUUUUCGUCGGCAGUUUUUCAUAACACUAGCGAUUCAGAGUUUUUAAUAGGAAGUGGAGGAAGACAAAGUAACCAAAACUGUAGUUCAAUUAAAUGUGAAGAUAUGAAAUAUAUACACCCCAGUCAACAGGCAAAUACAAAACUUGAUGAGCAAAAUAAUGAAAGUGAUCUGUCAGGAGUUGUCGGCUCAAGUCGUCCAAAGUUGUUGAGAGGACGUGAUCAUCAUCAAGUUAGUACAAUUAAAUGUGAAGAUAUGAAAUAUAUACACCCCAAUGAACAAGUCAAUGAAAAUUCGGAAAAAGAUAAAGUUAGUCUUUCGUCGGCAGUUUUUCAUAGCACAAGCGAUCCAGGGUUUUUGAGGGGAAGUGGACGAAGACCAAGUAACCAAAACGUUAGUUCAGUUAAAUGUGAAGAUAUGAAAUAUCUACACCCCUAUCAACAAGCAAAUACAAAACUUGAUGAGCAAAAUAAUGAAAGUGAUCUGUCAGGAGUUGUCGGCUCAAGUCGUCCAAAGUUGUUGAGAGGACGUGAUCAUCAUCAAGUUAGUACAAUUAAAUGUGAAGAUAUGAAAUAUAUACACCCCAGUCAACAAGUCAAUGAUAAUUCGGCAAAAGAUGCAUCUACGGUUAGUUUUUCGUCGGCAGUUUCUCAUAGCACAAGCGAUCCAGGGUUUUUGAAAGUAAGUGGACGAAGACCAAGUAACCAAAACCUUAGUUCAAUUAAAUGUGAAGAUAUGAAAUAUAUACACCCCAAUCAACAAGUAAAUGUAAAACUUGAUGAGCAAAAUAAUGAAAUAGAUCUGUCAGGAGUUGCUAGCUCAAGUCGUCCACGGUUGUUGAGAGAACGUGAUCAUCAUCAAUUUAGUAUAAUUAAAUGUGAAGAUAUGAAAUAUAUACACCCCAGUCAACAAGUCAAUGAAAAUUCUGAAAAAGAUAAAGUUAGUCUUUCGUCGGCAGUUUUUCAUAGCACAAGCGAUCCAGGGUUAUUGAGGGGAAGUGGACGAAGACCAAGUAGCCAAAACCUUAGUUCAAUUAAAUGUGAAGAUAUGAAAUAUCUACACCCCAGUCAACAGGCAAAUACAAAAAGUGAUGAGCAAAAUAAUGAAAGUGAUUUGUUUGGAGUUGCCAGCUUAAUUCAUCCAGGGUUGUUGAGGGGACGUGAUCAUCAUCAAGUUAAUACAAUUAAAUGUGAAGAUAUGAAAUAUAUACACCCCAGUCAACAAGUCAAUGAAAAUUCUGAAAAAGAUAAAGUUAGUUUUUCGUCGGCAGUUUUUCAUACCACAAGCGAUCCAGGGUUAUUGAGGGGAUGCGGACGAAGACCAAGUAACCAAAACCUUAGUUCAAUUAAAUGUGAAGAUAUGAAACACUUAUACCCCAAUCAACAAGUAAAUGUAAAACUUGAUGAGCAAAAUAAUGAAAGUGAUCUGUCAGGAGUUGCCAGCUCAAGUCAUCUAUGGUUGUUGAGAGGACGUGAUCAUCAUCAAGUUAGUACAAUUAAAUGUGAAGAUAUGAAAUAUAUACACCCCAGUCAACAAGUCAAUGAUAAUUCGGAAAAAGAUGCAUCUGCGGUUAGUUUUUCGUCGGCAGUUUUUCAUAACACUAGCGAUCCAGGGUUUUUGAGGGGAAGUGGACGAAGACCAAGUAACCAAAACGUUAGUUCAGUUAAAUGUGAAGAUAUGAAAUAUCUACACCCCUAUCAACAAGCAAAUACAAAACUUGAUGGGCAAAAUAAUGAAAGUGAUCAGUCAGGAGUUGCCACCUUAAGUCGUCCAGGGUUGUUGAGAGGACGUGAUCAUCAUCAAGUUAGUACAAUUAAUUGUGAAGAUAUGAAAUACGUGCACCCCAGUCAACACCCCGACAUAAAUUCCAUGAACGCUACACCUGACGUUACUUUUUCGUCGGAAGUUUUACAUAGCACAAGCGGUCGAGGGUUUUUGAGAGGUCGUGGAAGAGGAAGAGGUUACCUUACUCGUGGACGAAAGCGUCCAGUUUGA